CGCAACAUGAAGAGAAACGGGAGUCGAAGCUGUGCAGCAAGAAAGACCAGAUUUGGAUCACGAGAGCGGGACUGGCUUAUGGGGGACACCCAGCGGGGCUGUGUGUGCCUAUAUGGUGGGACUGUUGACCUUCAGCCAUCUGCCUCAGGCACACAAACCUCUUCCACCCCUCAGACAGACCUGCAGCUGGUGCUCUGCUCCACCAAGACCACAGUGGAGGAGCUCUGCUCUCAGAGGCAUGGGCAGGGACUCUACGUUCAGCUGCACGGGGACCUCAUCAGGAGGCUGGACUCCUCUGAACGUCCUCUUCAGAUGGUGUACGACUACCUGGCAUCCAUGGGUUAUUCAGACCCGGUGCGAGUACAACAUGAGGCUGCCAACUCAGACCUCAGCUGUUUGAUCCGCUUCUACAGCGAGCGGCCGGUGAACCCAGACCAGCAGGAGCGGACCUUGUUAAAGGGCGUGUUCAGCGUCAGGAAAGGCAAGACGCAGCUGCACAAGUGGGCCGAGCGGCAGGUUAUUCUCUGUGGCACCUGUUUGAUAGUGGCCUCGGUCAAAGACAGUCUGGCUGGGAAGAUGCACAUCCUGCCCCUGGUGGGAGGAAAGGUUGAGGAGGUGAAGCGACGGCAGCACUGUUUGGUGUUCAGCUCCGCCGGCUCACAGGCUCAGACGUACUUCGUCAACUUCGACACGCUCGCAGACUACCAGAGGUGGCAUCGGCAGGCCUCCAAAGUGGUGUCUCAGACAGUAAGUCUGGUGGACCUGUCCUGCUACAGCCUGGAAACGGUGCCAGAGUAUCUGUUUUACUGUCAGGACAUCACUCACCUCAAUCUACGACACAACUUCAUGAGCCUGCAGGGACCUGGAAGCCUGCUACACCUUCCGAGGUUUUCCCAGCUGAAAAGCCUGAACAUUUCUCACAACCGUCUCGGUGUGCUCCCCGAGUGUGUGUGCGAGAUCCUCACACUAACUGAACUGAACCUGUCCUGUAACAAUCUCCACAACGUCCCGGUGCAGAUCGGCAACCUUCAGAGUCUUCAGACGCUGUCUUUGGAUGGAAACCAGCUGAAGUCGCUGCCUGCGGAGCUGGGUGGCCUGUUUCAGCUCAACAGCCUGGGGCUCUCCUUUAACAACUUCUCUCACAUCCCCGCUGUGCUGGAGACACUGAGUGCAGUGGACAAGCUGUCCAUGGCUGGGAACCAGGUGGAGAGUUUGGACUUGUCCACGCUGGGCCAACUGAGCCACUUGAGAGCCAUCGACCUACGACUGAAUGGCCUUCGAUGGGUUACAAGUGAGAGUCUAGAGCCACUAAGCCAGGUGACCCAGCUAGACUUAAGAGACAACUGUUUGGACUCCCUGGAGCUGAGCUCCGUCUGCAACCUGGAGACUCUGCACUGCCAGAGGAACCAGCUGGAGACUCUCACACUCAGUGGUUUCACGUUGCGCAUGCUUCAUGCCAGCAGCAACUGCCUUACAACAGUCAACAUCUAUCCAGUCCCAAGCCAGCUGACACACAUGGACCUUUCACAGAACCUCUUGGAGUACCUCCCAGACUGGGUGUGUGACUGCAGGAAAAUUGAGAUGCUGGAUGUUACGCACAACCUCCUGUUUGAACUUCCUUCCAGACUGCUGAACAGCUUGAGUUUGAGGAAGCUUCUGGUGGGAAACAAUCGUUUGCAGAGAGUGCCUGACCUACUUGACCAUGUUCCUCUUGAAGCUCUUGAUCUUCAGCACAACAAGCUCGCUGAACUCCCCGAGAGUCUUUUUUACAAGGCCUUAAACUUAAAAUACUUAAAUGCAUCCGCCAAUGCCCUGGAAAGUAUUCCUCCCAGCAGCCAAUCAGAGGAGAGCCUCAGCACACUCCAGGAGCUCUAUCUGACUGGGAACAACCUGAGUGAGAACUGUGGCGCGGUACUGGUUGGACACCAGAACCUUCGGAUCCUUCACAUCGCCUACAACCAACUGCUCUCCUUCCCUGCCAGUAAGCUGAGUAAGCUGGAACUGCUGGAGGAGCUCAAUUUAAGUGGCAACAAGCUAAAGACGAUCCCGUCCACUGUGUCCAGCUGUAAGAGGCUGCACACGCUCAUAGCACAUUCGAAUCACAUAACUGUCUUCCCCGACAUCCUCAACCUGCCUGAGAUCAAGCUUGUAGAUCUCAGCUGCAACGAGCUGACUGAAAUCCAGCUGCCUGAUUUGUUGCCUGCGACGCUACAAGAGCUGGACCUGAUGGGCAACAGCAGCCUCACGCUGGAAAACCAAACCCUCAACUUCUUCAGUAACAUUACCACUUUGAAAGUGGACCAGAAACCUGCUGUGACCCCAGGAGACUCGAUGACUUCGCCUACUCCGUGGAACCACGGCUACGCUGAAAUGAGAGGCCAAAGAAACAAGUUGUGUGUGUCUGUGCUGGCCGUAGACCACUUUCGAGACAGCGUGGAAGCUUGUUAUGGUGUCUUUGAUGGAGACCGCAAUGAGGAAGUGCCUCGGCUGCUGCAGUGCACCAUGGGAGAUGUGCUGUGUGAGGAGCUGCAUCACUCCAGUGUUGACACUUUGUACAUGUGUAACACUUUCCUGACCUCGCACAGGAAACUUGGUAUGGCUGGCCAGAAACUUGGUGCUUCGGCUCUGUUGUGUUACAUUCACCGUGAGACUUCAGAUCCUGCCGGCCACUUUAGCCUCACUGUGGCCAAUGUGGGCACGUGCCAGGCUGUGCUGUGCCGGGAUGGACGACCUGUACCGCUCUCAAAGGUUUACAGCUUGGAAAACUGCACUGAGGAGAUGGAGAGGGUUAAACUCAGUAAAGCCAUCAUAACAGAGGAUAACAAAGUGAGCGGCGUGACGUGCUGCUCCCGCCUGCUGGGCGGCUCCUAUUUGUCUCCCUGGGUGCUUCCAAAACCGCGGGUGCACACCGAGCCCCUCUGUUCCCAGGAUGAGUUCUUGAUCUUGGGGAAUCGAGCUCUGUUUGAACAGGUGACCUACCAGGAGGCCGUGCGCACUGUGCAGGCUGUGCGAGACCCUCAUGCCGCUGCCAAGAAACUUUGCACCCUCGCUCAAAGUUAUGGUUGUAAGGACAACAUUGGAGCUGUGGUGGUGUCCCUGCACUUUACUGAGGAUGGUUGCACUUGUGAUCCACAUGUCUUCACCACCGAACCACGGGGUACACCUCCUGUUUCUGUCCCUGUCCCUGUGACCCCAUGUCUCAACAAUCCAGAGAAUAUUUCAUCCAGCAGUGGUAUUGUCACCGAGUUCAACAGUGAGACAACGACCUCGGAGGUGGGCAGUGAGGCAGGGUCCACUGCUUCAGACGAACACCCGUCCUCAGGCUCUGCACAUCGUCCAGAGAGACACUGCAACUUACACCCUGCUACUGCACUGUGUGGGAUCAUGGUGCCAGGCUCAACUGGGACAGGAAGUCACCCAGGUGUUUUCCAGCGUCAGCCCUCUUGUGCCACCUUCUCAAGUAACCAGUCUGACAAUGGCUUAGACAGUGACGACGAAGCUCCACUCGAGGGCGUUAUCUCAAAUGGCAGCAAGUUAGAAGUGGAGGUUGACAUUCACUGCUGUGCUUUUCAGCUCCGAUCUGGGCCCCCCGAGAGCCCCAAGGAACUAAAUCUUGAAAACAGAGGUUCUGGUUAUCGCAAUGGCAAAGUGCGCAGACAAAACAGCGUGGUGAUUUCUGCUACAAAUGGCUGCCUUCUGGCUGUAUGUGGGAGGGAGAUUGGGGACCUGAAGAAGUCGCCUUCCACCUCGAGCCUGUUUGGGAAGAAGCUUUCCAACGGUUCGGUGGUUGCCCCAGAGGACAGCCAUAAUCUCAUUGAGGUGGCCCUGGAGGCGCCCAAGAAAAAGUCUGGUUACUUCACUGCCCCUGCACAGCAGGACCCAGAAGACCAGCUGAUUGUGCCUCCCAGUUUAGAGCAGGAAGUCAGGGAGCAGCUAAAAGGCCAGACCACUCUACUUCCAGGCUUUUCCACACCAUCCACACCCACCGCCCUCAAAGAUCCUGCAUGGGAUCAUCCACAACCACCUGCAUUUGCCUCCAACCUGCUCCCUGGCCCGGCUGCCAUCCUACAACAGGAAGUUUAUGAUACUGCCCUCUAG